CUACAAGAUGGCGGCACCCAUCGAAUCGCACCGCUUUGCUUCCUCGGAAAUAUAACUCCACAACACAGAAAAUUAAAGCGUCAUUUAAAAAAAAAAGAGAUUAGUACAACAAACAACAAAAAAAAAAAAUAAUAAUGUUGUGCCAAGAGUUCCACAAUUUUGAUGUCUGUACAUUUUCAUGUUGUUUCCGGAUCUACGUUUCAUAGUUUUGUUCUCGGCGUCUUGUUUGCUAAAAUGGCGGCUCCCAUAGAUGGUUUUUUUUGUGCUUCUUCUUGGCUAAAUAAACUUGCGAGCUAGCAACCACAACCUGGACAUAUUUAUAUUCUCUAUGCAAUUAUAUUACAAGUGGUCUUGAACUGGGAACAACGUAUACAAAAUCUCGAUACUAUAUUUUGUGUUUUGAGUGCAGUAUUUUAGUAGGACGCGAGGUUUAAAUAAAAAAAAAAAUCCUGUUUAAACGUUACCGUAGCCAGCUACUGUUAGCUUUGUUGUCAGUUAACGUUAGCUGGCUAGUCCUAACGGAUGCUAGCUAACUCGUUAGCUUAGCAUUAUUAUACAUUUAGACAUUUUAGCUAUAUUGGAAAGCUUUUCAAGUUGGACAUUUUUUUUUUCUUCCCCCCCUUCUAACUUCCUUCUCGAAGAGAAACUGAAUCUACCGGCACCAUGACAUCGGGGACCUCUGGCUCAGUUCUGCAGCCGCGGUGGAAGCGGGUGUUGGGUUGGUCCGGCCCUGUCCCUCGGCCCCGACACGGACAUCGUGCAGUUGCAAUUAAAGAAUUGAUGGUCGUUUUCGGGGGUGGCAAUGAAGGAAUUGUGGAUGAACUGCAUGUGUAUAACACAGCCACCAAUCAGUGGUUCAUUCCUGCUGUCCGUGGCGACAUCCCGCCUGGCUGUGCUGCGUAUGGGUUCGUGUGCGACGGCACUAGGCUGCUGGUGUUCGGAGGGAUGGUGGAAUAUGGCAAAUACAGCAACGAUCUGUAUGAACUGCAGGCCAGUCGCUGGGAGUGGAAGCGUCUGAAGCCCAAGUCUCCUAAGAACGGUCCUCCUCCCUGUCCCCGCCUGGGACACAGCUUCUCCCUGGUAGGGAACAAAUGCUUCCUGUUCGGAGGACUGGCUAACGACAGUGAGGACCCCAAGAACAACAUCCCCAGAUACCUGAACGAUCUGUACACGUUGGAGCUGCGUGCCGGCUCCAGUGUGGUGGGCUGGGACAUCCCCAUCACCUACGGGGUGUUGCCCCCGCCCAGAGAGAGCCACACCGCCGUCGUCUACACAGAGAAGACCUCUAGCAAGUCCCGUCUGGUCAUCUAUGGGGGUAUGAGCGGCUGUCGACUGGGGGAUUUGUGGACACUAGAUAUAGACACCCUGACAUGGAAUAAGCCGUCGAUCAACGGGACAGCUCCUCUUCCCCGCAGUCUCCACUCUGCCACAACCAUCACCAACAAGAUGUACGUGUUCGGAGGCUGGGUUCCCCUGGUGAUGGAUGACGUCAAAGUAGCGACACACGAGAAGGAGUGGAAGUGCACCAACACACUGGCCUGUCUCAACCUAGACUCGAUGGCCUGGGAGUCGGUGCUGAUGGAUUCUCUAGAAGAUAACAUCCCCAGGGCCAGGGCCGGUCACUGCUCCGUGGCCAUCAACUCACGCCUCUACGUCUGGAGCGGACGGGACGGAUACCGCAAGGCCUGGAACAACCAGGUGUGCUGUAAGGACCUCUGGUACCUGGAGACAGAGAAGCCCCGCCCCCCGUCGAGGGUGCAGCUGGUGAGAGCCAACACCAGCAGCCUGGAGGUGAGCUGGGGGGCGGUACCAACUGCAGACACCUACCUGUUACAGCUGCAGAAGUACGAUAUCCCCCCCGCCUCGGCCGCCACCACGCCCGGCGUCAGCCCCGCGACGUCACUACCGGUCAACUCCCCCAAGAGCCCUGUCACAGCCUCUGCAGCGUCCCCCCAGGGCCUGCCUCUCCAGGGCAUAACGCUGGUCCCCUCCCCCACCACCACAAUGCCUGGGAGUCCACUGGCUGCUGCAAAUGCACGCGGGCCAGCUAUCCUGAAGGUGUCUGCUCCCCAUUCAACCACAGGCACCUCCAUCGUCACGGUGAGGCAGGCCAACCAGGGGAAAUCUCCCGUAACGGUGACAUCACUUCCUGCCGGGGUCCGCAUGGUGGUGCCGGCCCAGGGUGCACAGGGAACGCCAAUGGGCAGCAGCCCUCAGAUGAGUGGCAUGGCUGCGUUGGCUGCAGCGGCUGCUGCCACACAGAAGAUCCCGCCCUCCACGGCCACCAUGCAGCUUCCAGCUGGUGCUACUAUGGUCAAGACCGUGGCCAUGAGCCCCGGUUCACAGACUGUCAAAGUAGCCUCGCCUGUUAUGGUUAGUAACCCAGCAACCCGCAUGCUGAAGACUGCUGCGGCUCAGGUGGGCACGUCAGGUGUUGUCACACCCGGAACGCCUUCUCGCCCUAUCAUCACCGUGCACAAGUCUGGCACGGUGACGGUUGCCCAGCAACACCAGGUGGUUACCACGGUAGUGGGAGGAGUCACCAAGACAAUCACCCUUGUCAAGAGUCCCCUUACUAUGGGGGGAGGUGGAACACUGCUGUCUAACCUGUCCAACCUGGGGAAGGUGAUGUCCGUGGUCCAGACCAAGCCUGGUCAGACAGGAGCGGUGACGGGACAGGCUGGCUCCAGCCUCCAGCACAUCAUACAGACGAAAGGUCCCCUCCCGGCGGGCACCAUCCUGAAGCUGGUGACCUCAGCGGACGGCAAGCCCACCACCAUCAUCACUACGUCCCAGGCCGGGACCGCGGGGGGCAAGCCCACCAUCCUAUCCUACAGCGGCUUGCCCACCACCACCAAGCCUGGCACGCACAUCAUCAAGACCAUACCUAUGUCUGCCAUCGGACAAGCAGGAGUGACAGGAAGUGGUUUGAAGUCCCCCAUUACCAUCAUCACCACUAAGAUGAUGACACCAGGCACCGGGACACCAGGCAAGAUCAUCAGCGCAAUGCCCAGAGCUGGGGCUGGUCAACAGGGACUCACACAGGUGGUGCUGAAGGGUGCCCCUGGACAGCCCGGGACUAUUUUACGGACCGUCCCCAUGGGAGGAGUACGUCUCGUCUCCCCGGUUACUGUUUCCGGUGUCAAACCUAACGUCACCACCCUUGUUGUCAAGGGAACCACAGGUGUGACAACGUUUGGUACGGUGACUGGUACAGUGUCUUCGAGCCUGGCGGGCGGAAGUGUUGCCACGGCUACCACCACCUUGGGCACCAUGACCACUCUGCCUGGACAGGUCACCGUCUCCGCAGCUCAGGCGGGAGCUCAGCCCACUCAGGUGACCCUGAUCACGACCCCCAGUGGUGUGGAUGCUCAGCCUGUCCACGACCUCCCGGUCUCCAUCCUGUCCUCCCCCACCUCCGCCGACCCCUCGUCCACCCAGCCCGAGGCAGGCGACCCAGGGACGGUAACCCUGGUCUGCUCAAACCCCCCCUGCGAGACCCACGAGACCGGCACCACCAAUACAGCUACCACGGCCUCCGCUAACAUGACUGGUAAUGGUGGGGUGGAGAGGGUGUGUUCAAACCCGCCGUGCGAAACCCACGAGACCGGCACCACCAACACCCAAACGACAGCGUCCUCCAACAUGGGCCAGGUACAGCAGGUGUGCACCAACCCGCCGUCCGAGACCCACGAUACAGGUACCACCAACACCCAGACCACAGCCAGCUGUAACAUGGGAUCCAACCAGCAACAACAAGGCUCCAACCAGCAACAACAAGGCUCCAACCAGCAACAACAAGGCUCCAACCAGCAACAACAAGGCUCCAACCAGCAACAACAAGGCUCCAACCAGCAACAACAAGACCUCUCCCCCUCGUCUGUUUCUGGUACCAGCUCUGUGCCCGGGGUGCUGCGACCGGAGACUCUGAGAACAGGGACCACCUACACCUCGACCACCGCACGUUCUAACAUGGGCUCUGACCAGAUGGGGAUGACGCUCAGCUCCUCGUCCUCAGAUAACCAGAGUAAGUCAUCCAGUGGAGGAGGAGGAGGAGGAGGAGGAGGAUCCCCCCUCACCUCUCCUGUCUGCUCCAAUCCACCUUGUGAAACACACGAGACUGGCCCCACUGAGGCCGGAGCUGGAGGAGGAGGAGGAGAAGAAACACACGAGACUGGCACUACCACUACGUCGAAGCAGGCCAACUCCAGUAUGGGCAUCGGGCAGACUACAGGGACAGUCCAGAGGGUGUGUUCCAAUCCUCCGUGUGAGACACACGAAACAGGGACGACCAACACCCCUUCUCAGACUACGUCCAACCUGACAGGGACGAGCACGGUCCAGAGGGUGUGUUCCAAUCCUCCGUGUGAGACACACGAGACCGGCACCACAAACACGGCUACUACAGCCCAGCCUGGUGACUCAACACAGGGAGACAACGGAACUACAGAGGCUCCCUCGUCGUCCUCGGUAACCACAGAGUCCAGCGCUGUGGUGGCGGCUGGCCGAGCAGUUACCACGGUUACCCAGUCCACACCCACACCUGGACCCUCCGUACCUGAGAUCUCGUCGAUGUCUGGGUCGUCUGAGGCGAUGGUGGCGGCAUGUAUAGAGGGAGAGGAGGCCAUGCAGACGGACUGUCUCCCAGAGGGCACAGUGAGGGUCGUGACCCUGGAAGAGGCUGCUGCAGCUGGGAUACAGGUCCAUGUGGAGGGCAUGGAGGAACAGAACCAGGGGGAGCAGGAGGGCCUGCCUGCGGAGCUGAUGUCUGAAGGUGACGCGGGGGGCCAGCAGACCCUGUUGGUGACGGGUUUAACCCCCGAGGAGCUGGCUGUUACCGCUGCAGCCGAGGAGGUGGCACAACACGCUGCUGCUGAGGAGGCUAACGCCCAGGCCAUGGCCAUACAGGCUGUCCUGCAGGCCGCACAGCACGCUGUCAUGAAUGAAGGAGACGGUGGCCAGGAGGGCCAGCACCAAACCACCACCAUCCCCAUUGUGUUGACUCAGGCUGAGCUGGCAGCCCUGGUACAUCAACAACAACAGCUGCAGGAAGCCCAGGCUCUGGCCCAGGCGGCGGCGGCGGCGGCGGCAGCGGCAGCAGCAGCACAGCACAACCAGCCCACCGAGGGCCUGGCCCCAGCAGACAGCCUGAACGACCCGGCGUCAGAGAGUAACGGCCAGGAGCUGGCUGCAGCAGUGACCCAGGCGGUGGCCCGGCUAGCCCCAACCUGCACCAUGGUGGUGGCAAACCCGGCUAAGACUCAGCCCAUGAUGGUGGCAACCCCAGCUAAGACUCAGCCCAUGAUGGUGGCAACCCCAGCUAAGACUCAGCCCAUGAUGGUGGCCAGUCCGGCUAAGACUCAGCCCAUGAUGGUGGCCAGUCCGGCUAAGACUCAGCCCAUGAUGGUGGCAACCCCGGCUAAGACUCAGCCCAUGAUGGUGGCCAGUCCGGCUAAGACUCAGCCCAUGAUGGUGGCCAGCCCGGCUAAGAUGCAGGCAGCUGCGACCCUGGCAGAGGUGGCUAACGGCAUAGAGUCUGCUGCAGGGAGACAAGGAGCUCCUCCUGCGGUGGCCAAAGCCCCGGUGAAGAAAGACAACCAGUGGUUUGAUGUUGGCAUCGUCAAGGUGACCAACACCGUGGUCACACACUACUACUUGCCCACUGACGACCAAGCCACUGUCGAUGAUGACUCUGGGGCGAUCCCGGACUACAGUCAGAUGAGGAAGAUGGACCUCCAGCCAGGGACGGCCUAUAAAUUCAGAGUGGCCGGGAUCAACACCUGUGGUCGGGGGAACUUCUCAGAGGUCUCGGCCUUCAAGACGUGUCUCCCGGGCUUCCCCGGAGCUCCCUGUGCUAUCAAGAUCAGCAAGAGCCCAGACGGAGCCCACCUGACCUGGGAGCCUCCGUCGGUCACAUCUGGUAAGAUCAUUGAGUACUCGGUGUACCUGGCCAUCCAGAGCGCCCAGAGCGGGGAGCAGACCAAGCCCACCACCACCACCACCCCAGCCCAGCUGGCUUUCAUGCGAGUGUUCUGUGGGCCCAACCCUUCCUGCCUGGUACAGUCGUCCAGCCUCUCCAACGCACACAUAGACUACACCACCAAGCCUGCCAUCAUCUUCCGCAUCGCAGCCCGCAACGAGAAAGGUUACGGCCCUGCCACGCAGGUCAGGUGGCUCCAAGAGGUAGGUAAAGAUGGUGUUGCAGCUAAACCAACUGCUAAGAGACCAGGCUCCUCACCUGACAUGAAAGCUACCGGUCCAAAGAAGGCCAGAUCAGACCAGUGAAGGGAGUUUCCUUCUCCCCUUGUUGUCCAUGAUGACUAUGACUGAACUGGAUACAACACCCCUCAACCAGCUCCCACCACCAAGAUCCCUCACCAACUAUCUACAAUAUCCUCAACCUCAGCCCCACAAACCUGGACCCGGACCGGCCCACAAACCUGGACCCGGACCGGCCCACAAACCUGGACCCGGACCGGCCCACAAACCUGGACCCGGACCGUCCCAC